ACGGAGCACAAGAGGUGCAACACCAUACCUCGCCAUGCACAUCAACUCCGAAAGACUUGAACACGUCCUGUCUUUGGGCCUCGUGUGCGCAGCGGCCGCCUUCGUCCUCAACCACUUUGGCUUCCCGUGGACCCACACCUUCUUCGGUCUUCUGUUUCCUUUGGUCUUGAUUUAUUUGAGGACGGCGCGAGCCAAGGUUUCCACGGAGGCAAAGGCCGUGCUGGUGAUCGGCUGCGACACAGGGGUUGGACACACGCUCGCCUUACACCUCGACCAGCUGGGUUUUCGAGUGUUCGCCUGUUGCGCCCAUGCCGAGGAACUGGGUGCGGGCGCGCAAGCUCUCCGGCGAAAAGGUUCUCAGCGUCUCCACGUGUUGCAGCUCGACUUCAAUAAUGACUUGCAGAUCUUUGAGGUUUUCGUGAGAGUCACCCGAUUGCUUGCUCGAGAAGAGAAGUUGUGGGCGCUAGUCAACUGCGAGGGCUUAUGCUGGACCCACGACGCCUUGCAAUCCCUCGACUUCUCUCUGUGCAAAAGAAUGUGCGAUGUCAUUCUCUUCCGAACGGCCACCACAGUCAGAAUGUUCCUUCCGCUGGUGAUGCACGCCAAAGGUCGAAUCGUAACCUUUUGCAGCAUCCGGCACGAGUUCUCCUCACGGCGCGAAGUUCAUGUUUACCUGAUCUCCAAACACGCUUUUGAUGAGUUUGAUAAGUGUCUGCGGACACAGUUGAAAUAUCGUGGCGUACAUGUGUGCCGCAUUGAGCUGCUCUCGUCUAACACGACUGAAUCUCGCGUUAACCACUGGGCGCCCGCUGGGAUAAGAGCUAAUACACAUCCAAGGUGCAUGUUUGACCAAGUAGUUCGCAAUAGAGGGGAGGACUACAGCGAAGUGGUAAAAGCUCUUACUGAAGCUUUAACUGAUGUAAUUCCCCUUACUAAAUAUACUUCUUCGAUACCUUGUUAAACCAGGAAAUGAGGACUAUAGUGGUAAUACGUGGGUGGAUGUGUGAGCGUGUGUGUGUAGUUUCCUCUGUAGAUCCUGAUAAACAUUCACGUAUUUUUCACCUAAUUUGUUGAGAAUACCAUCGAUAUUUAUAUAGACGGACUGCUGACAUUGUGUGCCAUCCAAAUCGAGACGUAUUUUCUCAAGCAGAAUCUUGUACUAUAUUGUAAGCUAUAAGAACUUUGUGAAAUAAAGUUCAUGUUAUU